CUUUUCACUUUGCCAUUGCAACACAGCUCAAGCUAGCACCGUCUCCCUCUCAGCUACUACGGCGAUAACGCAGCUUAAGCACUGUCUCGCUCUCAUCUCCGACGACCCACUCAGUCGGCGCGACCCUCUCAGCUACUACGAAGACCCAGCAGCGCUGUUUUCUUCUCAAUUCGAACAGAGCUUCUUUUGAAAAUGAAUGGCUACCCACCUGAUCGUAGUUGGGUAUAUGAUAGACUUAACCCUCGUAGAGGGGGGUUGAAACUCGCCUUUAUAUUUGGUGUUAAAGAGUUUGUAAGAAAGGCAAAAAGUCGAUAUCACAGCGAAAUAAGAAGAAUCGUAAUUCUGCUAAAGGUGGGUCUGUCCAUACUGGCGGAUCCAUAACUUUCACCGAGCAUACCUUACGGAUGGCUGAAGAGUUGGGUAGAGAACCCACAGUGGAUGAGGUCUUUUUAAGAACUCACAUUCGUAAGAAGGGCUCAACUUGGGUUGAUCUUAGAUCUCAAAACACUUAUGAUAGUUUCCAAAGUAAUUUGAAUCAGGCCUCAGAAGGUGCAGAUGAGAGUGGCUCCCAAAUGGUCGACUCUGCGACUCGUUUAAAACUGUGGGCCAAAUCUGUUGGGGGGAAAAAUCGAGGACGUCUAUAUGGUGUAGGAGAUAGGUCCUCGAAUUAUAGACCAGGUGUUUCAAGUCUCGCCCCAGACAAUGUUCCAUCUAUGGGUUGCAGCCAAGUUUCAUCCCAUUAUUCUCAUGAGAUGGCAACACAGUUGGCCACACUUGAGGAGCGAGCAAAGGCAGCAGAGGAUGAGGUUCGGAAUACAAGGGAGGAGCUUAGGCAAGCAGAGCUUAAGCGACAAAAGGAAGCUCAACAGUCAGAACAGCGUGCUGCAGAGUUCCAAAUGCAGCUGAUAGCGUUGACAAAAAGUGUAGCUGCCAUGCAGGCCGAGCCCUCCCGUCGUCGACGUCGUCAUCCAGAUUAUGAUGGGGAUGAGUCCGAGGAUGGGUCCGAGGAUGGAUCCGAGGAUGGAUCCGAGGAAGGGUCUGAGGAUGAAUCCGAGGAUAACGAGGAAAAUUGAUAUUUAGUUUGUGUUGUUAUUAUGACUUCAUCUUAUGCUUAGAUUAUUAACGGUGCAUUUUGUUAUUAUGACCGAUUAAGCUUAGACUUGUAGCUACAUCUUUUGUCGAAAUUGCUAGUUUCUAAUUUGUUUAUUUUGACACUUGUUAUAGUGUCAAUUUUUGUUAACAAUACAUUUUAGUUUGAUGAAGUGAUCUUUUGAUAACA